AUGUUGAGACACUGCUUGACAAGAAAUGUGCGUUCAGUUAUGAGUGUGCGUGGGUCCACUCACAAUAUAACUAGAAUAUACACUGCUCGUUAUCAGUCCACAUCAUCUUCAGAGACUAGCUCCAAUUCGAGCUCGAGCUCGAGCUCCAUGACCGAUGAGGAAGUAGACCAAUGGCUAUCUUCGAUUCAGGACUUACGUUCACAAUUUAAACAAUCUGGAUUUAGUCCAGAGACAGAUUUAGCUCCACCAGGGAAAGGGAAGUUGGAUCUAUUAAAAGAAACUCAACAACUAAAUACAAAGACGUUCACUCCAAAUGCACUACAAUUAUCCGAAUGGGAAGCCCUAAAGGGAGUACCUUUACCAAAGAGACAAGACCCCAUAUUACAACAAAUUACUAAUAUUAUUAUGCGUGAUGGGAAAAAACAAGUUGCAGAAAGAAUCAUAUCGAGAGCUUUAUACUUAACAUUCUUGCAGACUCGUAAGGAUCCCAUCGAACUGUUGAAAAAGUCAUUAGAUGAAUUGGCUCCUUUAAUGCUAGUGAAAACGUUUAAUACAGGGGUAGCUAAAGCUGCUGUCGUCCCAGUACCUCUGAGUAAAAGACAAAGAACAAGAAUCGCUUGGAAAUGGGUAAUCGACGCAUCGAAGGGAAGAGCUUCGUCUGAUUUCGCUGUAAGAUUAGCAGAAGAAAUCGUCGCUGUAUCAAAGGGUCUUGGAUCGGCUUUUGAUAAGAGAGAUCAAAUUCAUAAGACUGCUAUCGCUCAUAGAUCUUAUAUCAAGUUAAAAUGA